GUUUGUUCCAGGAACUGCACUUUCCCUCCCACCUAGCAAAUGCUCUGGAGAAUCCAGAAGGCUACCAAGACUUGAUCUCUUGUGUGGGUUCAAGAGGACUAAGGAGAAAACCAGGGGAGACUAAAGAUGGGAUCGGAAGGAGAAAUGAUCAACCUUCACGCCUCUAACCCCCCUGGCUUCACUGGGGAAAGUGUAAUCAACAUAAACCAUUAUGCUACCAAGAAAAGUGUUGCAGAGAGCAUGCUGGACGUGGCCCUCUUUAUGGCUAACGCUGCACAGCUGAAGGCAGUCCUGGAACAAGGACCUUCAUUCCACUAUUAUGUGGCUCUGAUAGUUCUCAUCAGCGUGUCCCUCUUCUUCCAGAUGACCAUUGGGAUUCUCCUUAUUGUGAUGGCUCGACUGAAUCUGAACGAUGUGGCAAAACAGCAGCGUCUGGACUUGCUCAACAAUGUUACCACGGUCCUCGUUUUCAUCACAGUCAUUAUCAACAUCUUCAUUACAGCCUUUGGGGUGCAGAAGACAGGGCUGUAUCCAAACUCUUAUGGACGGAGAUUCUACUGACUCUUGAAAGGAAUGGUGCACACGGCAGUUGACGGAGAGAUCUCUCUGAAAGACCUCAAGCCUGAAGGGCAUUUUGUUCCAUUUAUAAGCUCCCUUUUUUCUCUCAACCUUUUUCUAAUCUAUCAUUCCAUAACCAGCUCUACACAUCAUUCUGGAAAAAAGAUUGCAUACAACUAAAGCAGUGGUGAAAUCCAUUUUUUUUUUACUAUUUUUUUCUGUGGGCGUGGCUUGGUGGGCAUGGCUUGGUAGGCGUGGCUUGGUGGGCGUGGCAGGGGAAGGAUAUUGCAAUAUCUCCUUUCCCUCCCCACUCCUGGGGGGAAGGAUAUUGCAAAGUAAUUCUGGGGCCAGCCAGAGGUGGUAUUUGCCAGUUCUCCGAACUGCUCAAAAUUUCUGCUACCGGUUCUCCAGAACCUGUCAGAACCUGCUGGAUUUCACCCCUGAACUAAAGCAACCUGAUGAGAAAAGGCAUAAUCCUAAACAUAAACAGUCCAAAACUAUACCAACAUGGGAAAUCUAUUGCCGUGAACAGUUGUUGGAAUCUAGUCACAGCCUGCAUAGUCAAUAGUUUGAGAUGAUAGGAGUUAUACGGUAGCUGGAGGACAAUGAGGACCAUAAGUUCCCCAUUGCUGAAUUAUUGCACAUUCCGGGACACAUUUAAAUAGAAUAACAGAGUUGGAAACCAUAAUCCCAUGUCAUUUGCAGGGUGGUGGGGAGAGCAGCCUUGCUUUAGAAAGCACAUGAACCUUAAUUUUAAAUUUGUAUUUUUUAGUAAUAUUUUCAUUUGUUAAAAUACAGGUCAUUGCAAGCAUUGCCUCUAUAUGUGAUACUGUAAAUGCCCUACAGCAGCGAUGGCUAACCUUUUCCAGACCAAGUGCCCAAAGAGCUCCUGAACCCUCAAAUGCAAUGCCCGUGCGCCCCAUGUGCAUGUGCCUCCCUGUGCAUUUGUGUGCACCCCCGUAUGUGCGAUGCUCCCCCGUGCAUGUGCACGUGGGCCCCCCCGCAUGUGCUACUCCCCCCCCACAUGUACAGCACAGACCCAAAGACCAGCUGGCCGGCGGGAGGCAUGUGCGCAUUCGCAGCGGAGCUGAACUGGGGCGAGUAGAGCUCCUGGUUCCUGCAGUCUGCAAUUUUUUUCGCUGGAAAGUCAUUCCUACUCCCGCACCCUCUAAAACAGGGGUCUCCAACCUUGGCAACUUUAAGACUGGUGGACUUCAACUCCCAGAAUCAAAGCUGGCUGAGGAAUUCUGGGAGUUGAAGUCCACCAGUCUUAAAGUUGCCAAGGUUGGAGACCCUUGCUUUAAAAGGAUGCAAAUGACUAGCUGUCUGCAAGGAAUAUAAAUCCUUCCAUUCCCCACCAUCCUGUCAGGGCUGAAGAAGCUUCUUGGAUGAGAAGAGAAACAUCUUCAAAGGAAAAAACAAGAAA